CCAGCAGACCCAAAUAUUACAACACUCCCACUUCAUUUCUCCCUUGUAAUUAUCUCUAAUUCUUAGAAAUCUCUCUUAUCUGGGUGAAAAACAUUCAAAAUCUUGCUUCUCCCAAAUGGGAUUCUCUUCUUUCAACAGUGGGUGCGGUUGUUGCAGCCUUGGAUGGAAAUCAUCCAGUUUUCUUGUACCAUUAGGGUUUAAUUCAAGCACCACAAAUGGAGUUCUGGUCUCCUCAUCCAUCAACAGAUUUAAUCGGUUCAGAGCCGUUCGUCCCUCUGCAUCUGCAUCUUCACCUUCUUCUGAACCACUUUUGGUCAAGGCUGCAAGAGGAGAUCCUGUAAGCCGACCUCCGGCAUGGAUGAUGCGUCAGGCUGGAAGGUAUAUGGCCGUUUACAGAAAACUUGCAGAGAAACAUCCAUCUUUCAGGGAGAGAUCGGAAACAACCGAUCUCAUUGUGGAAAUUUCAUUGCAGCCUUGGGAAGCUUUCCAUCCCGAUGGAGUCAUUAUCUUCUCGGACAUUCUUACCCCUCUACCUGCAUUUGGUGUUCCCUUCGACAUAGAAGAAGUGCGGGGCCCAGUUAUUCAAACCCCAAUUCGGUCCGAGGAGGGCUUAAAAGCCUUGCAUCCAAUCAACUUGGAUAAACUAAACUUUGUGGGUGAAUCCCUCAAGAUUCUUCGACAAGAGGUUGAUGGGAGAGCUGCGGUUUUGGGUUUUGUGGGAGCUCCUUGGACAAUCGCCACAUAUAUCGUAGAAGGCGGCACCACUCGUACAUACACGAAUAUAAAAAGCAUGUGUCAUACGGCACCUCAUGUAUUACGGGCUCUUCUCUCGCAUUUAACGGAGGCUAUAGCCGAGUACGUUGUUUACCAAGUGAAAUGCGGUGCUCAUUGUGUACAAAUAUUCGAUUCUUGGGGUGGACAGCUACCUCCAAACAUGUGGGAGCUCUGGUCAAAGCCGUAUAUCAAUGAGAUUGUAGGUAUCGUAAAAAAGAAAUGCCCAGAAAUACCGCUUGUACUUUAUAUCAACGGAAAUGGCGGGUUGCUUGAAAAGAUGAAAGGAACUGGAGUUGACGUUAUUGGGCUGGACUGGACGGUCGAUAUGGCAGAUGGAAGACGGAGGUUGGGUGACAAUAUCAGUAUUCAAGGAAACGUUGAUCCUGCUUAUUUGUUUUCGCCUCUUUCUGCCUUGACAGAUGAGAUUCAUAGGGUGGUGAAGUGCGCUGGGCCGAGGGGUCACAUUUUGAAUCUGGGCCACGGCGUACUUGUUGGAACUCCGGAGGAAGCUGUUUCACGGUUCUUUGAUGUUGCAAGAAGCUUCAACUUUGAUUCCGUUGAGGAGAAACCGAAAGUUGUAGUUUGAAUGCAAUUUGUUUAGGUUUUCUGGUAGGAUUAAUGUCCUGUUGUUGAGGUUUUUACCCGAAAUUCGGUUCUUAUUUUAGUUUUUUGCUUAAAUUUUGUCAUUUGAGCUUCUGGAUCUCGAUUUGUAUUGUGUAUUCUUUCAUUUGGAUCAUGUUAUGAUAUUAUAUGCAGAAAAUGGUGUCAAGUAGAUGCAAGAAAACAUGCUGCUAUUAAAC